AUGGUGGCCGGCAUGUUCUGGUACCAGUAUGAAGCCACGUGUGCGAGCAAGUGGAAGACGUACGCAGAGGAUAUUCAGGAAGGCCUGGAGGGCGUCGAGCUCUUGGACGACAACGACCUGGGAUUUCAAACUCUCAACUCGUUUGGACUGGGCUACCGGCUGGUCGGCAAGGGUUCGUUCAAGGAGAGAACACUGGCGGGGGCUGAGUCGCUAUACGACUUCCGCUACGCGAGUAAUAUCCCAGCGUUCUGGUCCUGGAAAAAACCCUCAAAGGAGCCACAGUGGGAGCGAGCCGUCAACGUGGAUAUGAUCAUGAACAUGGAAAUCAUGUUGUGGGCCGCCAACAACGGCGGGGACACCGACUAUUCUGAUGCCGUGGAAAACCACGCCGACACAACGUGGGCAGACCUUGUAAGGGAAGACUACAGCACGUACCAUGUGGCGGACUAUGACCCAUCGACGGGGGACCUAGAAGACAAAGGGACAUAUCAGGGGUGGCAAGACGACUCUACUUGGUCCAGGGGGCAGGCAUGGGCCGUGUACGGCUUCGCCAUGGUACACCGCUAUCUCAAGGAUGAGAGGUUCCUGGACCGUUCGAUCCUUACUCUCGGAUAUUUCGUCGACAACCUUCCUGACGACAACGUGCCCUACGCCGAUUUCGACGCUCCCGAGAACUCAGACAACCCCAAGGACUCGUCUGCUACGGCUAUCGUAGCCUCCGCCCUCUUCGAGCUGUUCGAAUUGACUGGAGAACCAACCUACCUCGAGAAGGCCCAGGAGUUCUUGUCUUCGUUGCUGCUAUCGUCCACCUACUUCGACUCUUCGGCAACGGACGGAUGGCAAGCGCUCCUCAGGGAAUCAGCGGCGGCAUGGGGGGAGGAUUCAGUGGGGUCCGUCACCGGGGACUACUUUCUCCUGGAAGCGAUGGUCCGGUACAAGACCAUGGCCCCCUCUAUCAUUCUGCGGGACGAGGAGGAGGCCAGCACCACCGACGACGAGCUGUCGCUCGAGUUCUCUGGAAGCGAUCUCGACGGCGACGUCGACCUCUCCGGGCUAUCGGCAGAGUCCCCCAUCAUCAUUUGGUUCGGAGUGACUCUGACCAACACCGACAUGGUUCCCCAAUCGCUGACACUCGAGAGUGGUUCCUCGUCCGCGACCGUGGACAUCGAUGAGCCCGACGACGGCUGGAGCUCGGGUGAAAACAGGGUUUCGUUCUCCGUGGAGUCAGGGUCCUUCUCAGGGCUGUCCACGAUUGACGGUGUAACGUUUGUCUUCGACGCCCUCUCGUCGGACAGCACCGAUGCGACCGUCGACUACCUCGUCGUGGGACACCAGCUGAAAACAUCGCUCGAGACGUGUGAGGCCUGCGAUUCUACUACCGAUGAUGAUUUUACUACCGACGAAGUCGAAACCUGCAGCAACGGCCUCGAAGGCAUCGAAGGUAACGGUGUCGUGUGCUGUCCGUUGGAGUGUAACCAGUGCGGAGGAACCGGCUGCACCAUGUCCGGCAGCGCGGCUGGUCUUGGCUCUGAGUCCUGCUGCGGGGGAGGGAUCAAGGCUAGUGGCGCGUACUGCGAUGACACCAACGAAGCGCCGUGCAUCAUCGGCAGCCGUCCCACAACAGUCGAAACCUGCAGCAACGGCCUCGAAGGCAUCGACGGUAACGGUGUCGUGUGCUGUCCGUUGGAGUGUAACCAGUGCGGAGGAACCGGCUGCACCACGUCCGGCAGCGCGGCUGGUCUUGGCUCUGAGUCCUGCUGCGGAGGAGGGAUCAAGGCUAGUGGCGCGUACUGCGAUGACACCAACGAAGCGCCGUGCAUCAUCGGCAGCUCCUCCGGAUAAUCAAAUCGAGACACGUCCAGCAACCCCUCGGUCGCGCGCCAACAGACCGAAAGUUCCCAGACACAACGGGGAUUGAUUCCGAAACCCGCAGCGCAUGCACGCUGAACAUGGUGGAGUGACGCCCAUCUGGUUGACAUUUAUUGUUGUCUUUGAAGUGUGCAUGGCGGAAAAGAAGUGCGCUUGACAUACAUACAUAGUCAACCCGAAAACCCGUCGAUUCUGUAGACUACUGUACUCUACUGUGUGUGCUGUACAGCAAACAUCGCCAAGAAGAAUAAGACAAUAUAGGUUCUGUAGAUUGUCUACUUGUGCAGUAUUUCAAUCUCGCGUUGGAAAAGACGUGGAUUCUGUCAUCAUGUGUACAGUAUGUAGUACUUGACGCAUCAGCCGGGGUCAUCAACCAGGAGGAAAGCAUACUUGUAGGCUCGUUUUUUCUCCACCUUUAUUGCAUACUUCGUCGCUUGGAGGGUUCAGCGGCACAUGUGUGUGGCGAAUGCUUACGGCAAGAUUAACACUACACGUUCGGUGG